AUGUAUGCACGCCCUGAGCCUGACGAAGAGGAAGAGGAGGAGGAUGCAGAGCAAGGUGUAGUUUUCACAGAUGUGGAAGAGUUGCUUGGGACCACAGAAGGACAGUUUUCUCUUCCCCCGCAUUUUAGGUGUGCUUCGCAUACGCUCAAUUUGAUCUCGUGCAAUGACAUCGACAAAUGGCUGUCAUCUAAUACUGACUCAAAAUCUGUGUACAGGAGUGCAACGGCGAAGUGUGCUGCUCUUUGGACAAAGGCAAGCCGUUCUACCAUGGCCUCUGAGAUUGUCGAUGAAAUCUGUGGGAAAAAAAUGAUCGUGCCUACAUCAACAAGGUGGAAUUCCUUCCACGAUGCCUUGUCCCGUAUCAGUGACAUCCCGGCCCAAGAUUUGAAUACGCUUUGUACUAGACUGGAUAUCAGAGGCCCGACAGAGCGCGAACAUCUAUUCCUAAAGGAAUACUGCAGUGUUUUGAAACCACUGACAGUAGCACUGGAUAUCUUGCAAGGUGAAGAUAAUUGUUACUAUGGUUGUCUUCUACCAACCCUGGAGACCCUGAUGUCAAGGACGCUCGCACUCCAAAAUGGACUAUCAAGGAUGACAGCAGACCUACCGGGUGUAAUUGUACAGGCUAUCAAGACGCGAUUCGCACCGGUGUUGGAGAGCAGGGAAGCUUUAUUGGCUGCCUUGACGUUGCCAAAAUUUAAAGUUCGUUGGAUAGGGGGAGAGGAGCGGAGAGAAGCGGCACGUGCCCUGCUCAUCGCGGAGUGCCGCACUCUACCCCAUGUUGCAGAGCCGGCUGAGAAUAAAAACAGAGAGGUUGCCGCACACAGCAGCGCCAAUGAGAAGGACUUUUUUGCUUUUGAUGAGGAGGAAGAUGCAAUGGCCUUUAGCGCAGACUCAGAGGUACUUGAAUACAUGAGAUCAGGCUCAGAGAUAGAAACUCUCAACCGUUUCCCCCGAGUAAAAGCUGUGUUCAUGAAGUACAACACUGCCACACCAUCCAGUGCACCAGUGGAAAGGCUGUUCAGCCUGGGAGGACGGAGAGACGGAGAGUGGAAGCAGCAGACGGAUGAACAGGUGGAGACCGGGAACCAGGAGCUGACGAUGGGCUGA